AUGAAAACCCUCGCUCUCCUCGGCCUGGCUGCAGUGCCAUCGCUAGCUCUCAAUAUCCCCACACAGCAGCAUCUCUUCUCCGACAACGAUCUGUCGGGUCAUUAUAACCUGCUAUCAAGCCCAUCUACACGGGAAACCUGUCCCCAGCCGCCCAAGGUCAGCCUCCCCGAUGAUGGCCUGCACUCGUCGCAGAUCUUCCUCACCGAUGAUGCUUUCCGUGCUCGCCAGGCAAAGCGGCUCUCGCGCGCGGUGCAGAUCCCAACCACUGUGGGUGAUUAUAUGGAAGACCCAUACGAUGAGGCAUUCGAGCCUGUAGUCAAGUUCCAAGCGCUGCUGGAGGAGCUGUUCCCUCUAGUACACGGCCGCGGCAAGGUUGAGCACAUUAACCGGCUCGGUCUAGUCUUCACCUUUGAAGGUGCUGACACUUCACGCAAGCCGCUACUCUUCAUGGCCCACCAGGACGUCGUCCCAAUCGACGACCCAUCAGACUGGACUCACCCGCCCUUCGAAGGUGUCUUUGAUGGCGAAUGGAUCUGGGGCCGCGGCUCAAGCGACUGCAAAAACGUCCUUAUCGGGUUAUUGUCUGUAGUCGAAGACCUGCUCUCCCAGGACUGGAAACCAAAGCGCACGGUGCUGUUUGCCUUUGGGUAUGACGAGGAAUCACACGGCUUCCUAGGUGCCGGGGCAAUCUCCGCAGCUCUGGAGAAAAAGUACGGCAAAGACUCUUUCGAAUUUAUCCUUGACGAGGGUGGAAUGGGACUGCAGAGCCUGGGCGAUGAGUCCGACGCCAACGGCGAGAUCUUGUAUGCUCUGCCUGCUGUCGGUGAGAAGGGCAGUCUCGACCUCAUUAUCAACAUUGCCGUGCCUGGCGGCCACAGUUCGAUCCCACCCGCGCACACCGGCAUCGGCAUCAUGGCGGAGAUUCUGUACGAGCUCGAGCGAAAGGAGCUGUUCCCCGCCUGGCUGGAUACCGACCACCCGGCCUACGGGAUGCUGGAGUGCCAAGCACGAUACUCACCCGACCACGUUGAGCCCUGGCUAUCCGAGAAACUGGCAGCACAUGAUCCUGCCGCUCUUGGCGAAGCUGUUGCCAGCUCCCGCGGUCCCGCAGUCCGGUACACAAUGCAGACAUCGCAGGCCGCAGACCUGAUCCACGGCGGUGUCAAGACAAACGCGCUGCCGGAGAAGAUCUCUGCGGUUGUCAACUACCGCGUGGCAUUACACCAGACGCCCGAUGAGCUGCGUGAGCGCGCUAUCCGACUUAUCGGCCCUAUCGCCAAAUCUCACAACCUUACUCUACAUGUUGCCUUCCCCGGUGUGGCGGAGUCCACAGAAGGAGAUGCGAGCGACCGUACUCUCAAGCUGUCCCCUCUGAGUGUUCCUCUUUCCCCGGCUCCGAUCUCCCCAACAGAUCCGCUCACAUCGAAGGUGUGGGCGCACUUUGCCGGAGUGGCUCGUAGUGUUUUUGAGUCGCACCCGAACCCACUUGCCAAAACUGCGUCUGGUUCUAAGCCGACGGUUGUUGUUUCAGGAGAUGUCAUGACUGGGAAUACUGACACGCGCUUCUACUGGUCUUUGUCGGAGAAUAUCUACCGCUGGAGUCCGUCGCGGGCUGGCGGAGCGCUGAAUAUUCAUACUGUGGAUGAGCGGAUUCGCUUGGAUGUGCAUCUUGAAGGCAUCAUGCUUUACUACGAUCUGAUUCGGUCUUUUGAUGCCUGGGAUGGAGAAUCCGAGUGA